UGUCAAGAAAAAAUUUCUAUCUGUCAUCCAAUUAACUUUGUGUGUUUCCAUUUUUUUUAAGUCGUGUCCAAUAAGAAUUGAAAAAAUCAAAAAAGUAUUACUUAAAAGAAUUUAAAAAAAAAGAUCUACCAAUCCAAAUUAUUAAAAAAACACAGCUGUUGCACAACUAAUCAGCCAUGGGUAAUACGGAUUCCAAAUUGAAUUUUCGCAAAGCAAUUGUUCAACUGACAACGAAAAAUCAAACCAUUGAUUCAGAUGAUGAUGUAUUCUGGGAUCAAUUCUGGAGUGGCCACACUACGAGCCUUGAAGAUGUAUUUGCUUUGGUAACUGCAAAUGAAAUACGUAACUUACGCACUGAAAAUCCUUCUAACUUGGCCACUCUGUGUUACAAAGCUGUUGAAAAGUUGGCAGCUGCGGUCGAUAGCAGCUGCCGCACUCAGGCUGAGCAACAGUGCGUUCUGAACUGUGUACGCUUGCUCAUUCGAAUUUUACCGUACAUAUUUGAGGAUGGAGAAUGGAAACAUUUCUUUUGGUCUUCAUUACCUGGCUCGAAUGACAACCAAAAAGUCAACAGCGGAGAAACUCCUCUUGCUCAGAGUUUGGUCAAUGCUAUUUGUGAUUUGCUAUUUUGUCCAGAUUUUACUGUCCUUAUUACUAGAAAAUCAGGUCCAGAAAAGGCUGAUGAGUUGGCCAACAUUGAUUCUUGCGAAUAUAUCUGGGAAGCAGGUGUUGGAUUCGCUCAUUCGCCUCCAAAAAAUGCCCAUAUGGAAAGACGGCGCACGGAACUGCUUAAACUAUUAUUGACAUGCUUCAGUGAACCAAUUUAUAAGCUGCCAAACCAAACUGAAGAGCCUAAUAAAUGGAUAGCGUAUUUUACUAGCGCCGACAAUCGUCAUGCGUUGCCGUUGUUUACAUCGUUUCUUAACACAGUGUGUGCGUAUGACCCAGUCGGCUUUGGAGUUCCUUACAAUCAUUUGCUUUUCUUCGACACAACUGAACCUCUGGUGGAAGCAUGUUUACAGAUUUUGAUCGUAACCCUUGAUCAUGAUAUGAUCAUGCAUUCAGGAGGAAACUUUGACGAAGGUUUCGGAGAUAAUUUGUUUAUCAAUUAUUUAUCUAGAGUACAUCGCGAUGAGGAUUUUUUCUUUAUUCUGAAAGGUAUCACAAGGCUCCUCAAUAACCCUCUUGUCCAAAAUUAUCUUCCAAAUUCUACUAAACGUCUACAUUGCCAUCAGGAAUUGCUAAUACUCUUCUGGAAGAUCUGCGACUAUAACAAAAAGUUCCUAUACUUUGUUCUUAAGAGCAGUGACGUGCUAGAUAUUCUAAUACCGAUUCUUUAUCAUUUGAAUUAUUCACGGGCUGAUCAAUCUCGCGUUGGACUUAUGCAUAUUGGUGUCUUUAUUCUUCUGCUUCUUUCUGGCGAAAGGAAUUUUGGAGUUCGGCUAAAUAAACCUUAUACAGCUACAGUACCAAUGGAUAUUCCUGUAUUUACAGGAACUCAUGCUGAUUUGCUCAUCACAGUAUUUCAUAAGAUUAUAGCUACGGGACAUCAAAGGCUCCAGCCUCUUUUCGAUUGUCUGUUGACUAUUCUUGUUAAUGUGUCGCCAUAUUUGAAAACUCUAUCAAUGGUUGCCAGUGUAAAGCUGUUGCAUCUUCUUGAAGCAUUUAGCACUCCUUGGUUUCUAUUGUCAGCGCCAUCUAAUCAUCAUUUGGUGUUUUUUCUUCUUGAAAUAUUCAAUAACAUAAUUCAGUACCAAUUCGAUGGAAACUCAAAUUUGGUUUAUACUAUCAUUAGGAAGAGACAUGUAUUCCAUGCUAUGGCAAAUUUACCCUCCGACAUGACUGGAAUUGCAAAGUGUUUAAGUACGAGAAAGUUUUGUAAAUUCAACCUUCCACCAGUGCCUGAUGCGAUGGUUAAACAAAUUGCGUCUACAAUACCAGUUCUGCAAGAAGAUCCGCUCACAGAAGAAGAGUCUGAAGUUGAAUCGAUUGAUAAUAAAGAUGAAUCGACUAUGGAAGGAUCUCGACCAGCUCUGCCAGCUGAACCAGGAACGCUUAAAACUUCUCUUCUCGAUACACCGGGUAUAAAUCAAAUGACCGAACGAGAAACAGCGCACCCAAGUAGCUCGCCCGAAGGGACCAUUGCAAUUGAAGGAGCAGCAGCAGUGAUUGCUGUUCAAAAAUCACCGUCUGAAUCACGGUCGGACACACCACCUCCCAAAGAACCGAUAUCGAAAUUGUCGAUAGCAACACGUGGUAGUAUUCGCAUGGUACCAUCAACUCAAGAUCGUUGGACCCCGACACCCGAAUGGAUUGUCUCUUGGCGCUCUAAAUUACCAUUGCAGACGAUAAUGAGAUUAUUACAAGUGUUGGUGCCACAAGUUGAGAAGAUCUGCAUCGACAAAGGACUUACAGAUGAAUCCGAAAUUUUAAAGUUUCUUCAACAUGGAACACUGGUCGGUUUGUUACCUGUGCCACAUCCAAUUUUAAUCAGAAAAUAUCAGGCUAAUAGUGGAACUACAGCCUGGUUUAGGACGUACAUUUGGGGUGUCAUUUAUUUAAGAAAUGUCGAACCGGCUAUAUGGUAUGAUACAGAAGUUAAAUUAUUUGAAAUUCAAAGAGUAUAAACUUUAUUUUUUUUAUAAAUUAAUUGUGACUUUAUUCUAAUGUCGAGGAAAAUACAUUCCUUAAGUUAUUUCAAGCAUUUA